GUUACUCAAUGUGGUCCAUAUCGUCGUAGUUCCUCAUGUAUUGAUGUCGCUGGCCCAUCCACUUCCCAGCAUUAUUUUCUCAUUCUAGACAGCCAAUACAAUGGCUCUCGAACAAGGCGAUGACUACAUUCGACGCAUAGCCAGCUUCAUCCGUAAUAAUGAAAAGAACCUGGCCGAAGCUGGAUUUGUUCGCAGACGUCGACCUCGCCAGCCUGCUCAGGAUACAGUUUCUCUCUUCAACCCACUAGGAUGGUUUGGCGUUGACCCUGCCGCUGCAUCCCCAGUCAAACCCAUCAUUCUAUCCAUCGACACCCACCAUCUCUUCUAUCUCCUCAUGCGCAUAGAGGCCCUUGGUAUCGAUAUUGGCACCCUGGAUGUCCGUGUCGAUGCUCCUUCCAGGCCAAUGAGUUACAGAAACCUCUUCCCCGAUACCGACAAAUCUGAAACCCUUUCCCUGGCUUCAUUUCGCUCCUCUCUGUCCGCUGUAUCAGCCUUUUCUCUUGGGGGUGGAUGGUGGGGGAAACCGGAACCAUUGACCCUCGAAUCUGAGCUCAAAUAUAUCUACAGCAGUUUCACCAAGCUACCCGCCUUAUCCGUCACUGCCCCGGGCCGGAAAAUCAUCUCCGAGCUCGCAAACGAGUCUUCUAAUGAAAAUGCUAUCCCCCUCAAUUCAUUCAAGAACUUGCAGAGUUUGGAGUGUGCUGAUAUCGAUCCUCGUGCAUUGCUUGGGUGGGAUCGGCUUGCUGAAAGUCUGUGCAGUUUGAAGAUAAAGAAGAGUGGGCUUGAGGACAUAUCAGACAUUUUCAUCGGGGCGGUACUUGACGACCAAGCUAGAAGAGAUGGAAGCACCAGUAGGAAGCGGCAUAGAAGGAUCCCUCGUGGGCCGGAACGAAGGACAUCUUUCUAUUCCACUCAGUUGCCAAACUCCGUGCCUGAGGACGAGGGCGGUGAGAACCCUAACCAUGAAGUUUCUUCUGAGCCUCACAGUGGUACUAUCACGCCGCCGCCCCAGCUUUCCUCCCUUAAAUGGGCUUUUCUUAAACAUCUAUCCCUUGCCGACAAUGCCUUGGCCUUCUUUCCAGCGGAAUUAAUACCCCAUCUUACAUCUUUGGUCCACUUGGAUUUGUCCUCAAAUCUUCUUGUAUCCAUCCCCUCUGGCCUCGGUUCCCUUUACAAUCUUGUCUCCCUCAAUCUCUCGGAUAACAUGAUCGACUCUGUUCUUGGUAUUUAUCACAAUUUAGGGCAAGUUCUUCAUUUGAACCUUGCUCAUAAUCGUCUCGAAUCGAUAUGUGGGUUGGAGCGAUUGCAUGGGUUGGAGCGUGUCGACUUACGUCACAACUCCCUUGACGAUUGUGCAGAGAUCGGAAGGUUGGCACCUCUACCUAACAUUACCGAAGUCUGGGUAGAAGGCAAUCCCUUUACAGAGGAUGAAGGAUACAGGAUCUCCUGUUUUGACUUCUUCUGGAAAGAAGGGAAGAGCAUUAUCCUUGACGGAUCGUUUCCUAGCUUUUACGAGAAACGGAACCUAACUAUGCCACCCCCAGAGCAAAUGUCAUCGUCUCGUCCACUGUCCGUAGUACACUCGCCACCGACUGUUGCUGUUGGCCAUGCCCACCCUCAUUCUCAUCAUUCAUCGCCUAACACAGCACCUCGCAUUGAAAAACAAUCAUCACCUUCUACUUCAACCCCUGUUUCUCCACAUCUUGCCCCCAUAGGAGCUGUAGGUGUCGGAGGGAAGGCACGUCGGAAAAAAGUGAAACGGAUAGUCGAUCUAGACGGGGACAUUAGUGAUGGUAGCACGGCGAGCUUCUCUCAUCGGCGCACUCGAUCUGAUGGGUCGAGUAAGGCGAAGGCCAAAUCCAAGAAGCUUAGAGACACAAACCCUUUCGGCCCGACGAAGCAAUGGAGUCAGAUUGAAACACUCUUGGAGAAAGAGGAGGGUCAAACCGUGGCAGGAGAUAAUAUUAACCUCAAUCCCCAUCCUGAGGAGGCACAAUCAUCGAGCGUACAGGCUUCACCACAGCGGCCCACUCGCCCAUCAAGGCACAGUCGCCAUCACACUGAGCUGGCUCCAGUCUCUCCAGCCGAAUCAUUUGGUUUCCCGGAUGUUCUUGCAACAACACAAUCCAAGUCUCUCAACUCCAUCACCUCACAGUCUCUUCGGCGGACACGCGAGCCACAGACACUGUCUUUCAAAUCGGCAGUACGUCGUGCCCGUGUCACUGCGUCUGUAUAUGAACCUGCUACCUUGGGUUCAGAUAGAGAGGAGGUCAGCGGGGAGGAGAUCAAGGAUAACGCAGAUGCUUACAGGCGCAGGAUUGAGGCAUUGAAGAAGGAUAUGGGUGACGGGUGGUUGAAGGUCUUUAGUCAAACGCAGAUGAAAGCCAUGACUCCACCUUCUUUGCAGCACUAGCAAUCGUUUUCUCUUAUUCACCUGGAACACAGCAGCACUUUGGAUUUUGCCAUUCCUUUGUACUAAUACAUGACUAUCUAUCUAUUCACAGUAAUCUGGUAUACCUAUUAAUUACCCAGAAUGGUGUUGGGCAGCCAG